AUGGGAAAUUCAUUACCUCUCACACUAACUCUGCCUGAGCUCAAGUACCCUAUUGGUUCAGAGCCAAAGGAAAAAAAUGUGUCAAUAAACCAACAUUCAACCUCGAUGUAUAUCUCCAUUGUUGAGAGUAUUCUAACAGCAGAUGAGAUUGAGAGAGUACGAGGGUUUUUGGGACCUGUAAUGAGGCUCAGUGGGAGGAGUGAAAUGAAUUUAUCAGGAAAGACUGUCUACGGUAUUCUCACAAGAAGCAUCGUUACUGUCAAAAAGAAUGAAGCUUGGUUCCAUUUCGCUGGUCAGCCAAUGAAGUUCUCUAUAAGAGAAUUUCAUAUGGUGACCGGUUUGAAAUGUAAUGGUGAAGUAGAAGGACCACGAGGGGAAUAUGAGUGGGACUUGCUAAAGGGGCGUACUCAUAAGUUAAGCGACGUGUUGAACCAGCUCAAAAGACAAGAGUAG